UAACAACAUACCAUAUUACACCUUCCUAGAAAUUGCCCCCAAAAAUCAUAAAAGAAAUAUUUUCUUAGAAAUUUCUAUCUAUAAUUUCCUCCCAAGUUUGAAGCAAUCUACAAGUGUGGAAUGAAUGAAUUGUCUUCUCAUGAUUUUCCUCAUAAAUCAUCCGAUUUUCCACAAAUACUAUUCUCUUCUUUAUUUCACUUCACUCAAUUUAGAUUUGACAAUCAUAUCAGUAGUCUCCUACACUACACAUAUACACACUUUGUCCUAGAUAAUCAUCAAGUAGCGUAGAAGUAGCACAAGAGCUAGCAAUGGUGUGGCCUCGGCCGCCUCACCGCCACCUCCUCCAUGAAGUAUCACCGCCACCCACCGCAACCUCACCGCAUAGCAACGAGGCCCAUGUCACAAGAGCUAAUUAUGUCGGUAUAGAUGCUAACAUGGUGGUCAUCCUAGGAGUGUUACUUUUUGCCUUAUUAUGUGCUCUAGGCUUAAACUCACUUGUCCGGUGUGCCAUCCGUUGUUGCACCGGCCAACACCACCACCACCACCUCCGGCACAACCACAACCGGCAAGACCUAGGUAACACGUACGUGGGGGCGAUUAGUCAAGGGCUAAAGAGGAGCACCAUAAGGCAAAUCCCAACAACAAUAUAUCAUACAGCAACAAGUGUUAUGUCCACGGAUUGCAUGAUAUGUCUAGGGGAGUUCAUAGAAGGGGAGAACAUAAAAGUGUUACCAAAAUGCAAACAUGGGUAUCAUAGUAAGUGUAUUGAUACAUGGUUGCUUUCGCACUCGACUUGCCCUACAUGCCGGCAAUCACUAUCGGAAUGGACGGGAAACGAUGCCAUUGUGGUGCCUAUGGAAAUUGGGAAUCGUACGGAUUCCUCGAAUCAUGAGGUACGUGGUGUUGAAGAUGCUACGCAAAGGCACUAGAGAAUAAACUGUGUGGUUGUUAUGAAGAUGAUUGAUGAAUGAGAUGAACUAAAGUUGUGAGAAACAUCCAUGUCAAUGUACUUUGAAGCACCCCCAAAAAAAAAAGAAGCCAUUCUGUAGAUUUGUAAUUAUGUUGUAAUAUAACACCAAUGUACUUUGUAUGUGUAAAUUCAUAAUACAUGUAUAUACGAGUGCCAUUUUUUAAA